CGGACGGGCGGCGAGGAGCGCGCCGCCGGCUCGGUGGGCCGCGGGCGCUCCGCCCUCGGUGCGCGGGGCCUCCCCUCUCCGCGCCCGCGGAGCCCCGGCGCCCGCCUAUAUCUACGGCCGCGGCGGCCCGCCGCCCGCAAGGAUGUGAGGCGGGCGGGCAGCCCAGCCGCCGCCGCCGUGGCAUGUCCCCCCGCGCCCGGAGCCGUCGGCGCGGCGCCUAGCCGCGGCUCCGCGGGGCGAUGCUGCCCUGGAAGCGGAGCAAGGUGGAGCUGGUGGCGGGCGAGGCGCGGCGGCAGAGCAAGCCCAAGGGGUACGCGGUGAGCGUGCACUACUCGGCCCUCACCUCGCUGGCCCGCGCCUGCCCCGAGAGCGCCCUGCACCGCGUGGGCAGCAUGUUCCGCUCCAAGCGGCGGAAAUUCCGCGUGACUAGCGAGGACCCUACGUACACCGUGCUCUACCUGGGCAACGCCACCACCAUCCAGUCCAAGGGUGAGGGCUGUACUGACCUGGCCGUCUGCAAGAUCUGGAGCAAGAGCGAGGCGGGCCGGCAGGGCACCAAGAUGAAGCUGACCAUCAGCGCGCAGGGCAUCCGCAUGGCCCACGCCGAGGACAAGGGGCUGCGCCGGCCCGGCCACCUCUACCUGCUGCACCGGGUCACCUACUGCGUGGCCGACCCGCGGUUGCCGCGCGUCUUCGCCUGGAUCUACCGCCACGAGCUGAAGCACAAGGCGGUGAUGCUCCGCUGCCACGCCGUGCUGGUCUCCAAGCCCGAGAAGGCGAAAGCCAUGGCCCUACUGCUCUACCAGACCUCCGCCACGGCGCUGGCCGAGUUCCGCCGGCUGAAGAAGCGGGACGACGCGCGGCACCAGCAGCAGCAGCUGGUGGGCGAGCAGAGCAUCCCGCUGGUGCCGCUGCGCAAGCUGCUCAACGGGCAGUGCUGCUACAAGCCACCGGUGGAGCGGAGCCGCAGCGCGCCCAAGCUGGGCUCCAUCACCGAGGACCUGCUGGGCGAGGAGCAGGAGGAGCGGGCCAUGCACUGCGACUGCGAGGACAUCCUGGAGGCGCUGGGCGAGCCCGAGGGCGAGCUGCUGCGCGCCGGCGCCGGCCGCGGCGAGAGCCCGGAGCUGGGCCAGCUCCUCCGCGACUUGGGCGAGCUCAGCCUGGGCAACGACCUGCGCUCGCUGCGCGCCGAUCUCCGCGUCCGCCGGCUGCUCUCCGGGGAGAGCACGGGCAGCGAGUCCUCCCUGGAGAGCAACGGCCCGGACGGCGCCGGCCCGCCCUGCAACGGCGCCGAGCAGCCGCCCCCCGGCGACCCCGAGACCGGCUGAGCGCUCGGGCCGGGGCUGCGCGGGCCCUUCCGGGCGUGCACGGCGCCGCCGGGGCGCCCUGGGCCCCUUCCGGGAGUGCACGGUUCCCUCCGGGAGAGAACGGCGCCGCCGGGCUCACCGGGUUCUCUCCGGCCCCUCCGAGAGGGCACGGUCCCUGCGGGGCUCACCGGGUCCCCUCCGGCCCCGCCGAGGUUACAAAGCCCCACCGGGGCCCCUCCGGGCGCCCCUCUUUCCUGCGUCCCCCCCACUUCCCGCGGCAUCCCGGGGAGCGGCCGCCGCUGCCGGUGGCUGCGGGAGCCCGGGCCCCAGCCCGCCGUGUCCCGAGGAGGGGAGGCGGCCGCGGGCUGUUUACCUCCGGCUCAGCCCUUGAAGAUCUGCCAAAUUCCUGGAAUAGCUUUCCCCGGGGAGGGCGGCGGGAGGGAGGUGUUGCGCCUUGUUUACAGUCAGAAAUCUCGCAUCCGAGAGGGGCCCCCCCCGGCGUUUCCUCCAUUAAAGUCACUCCAUCGUGCUGUCGUGUCCGAGAGGUUUGCACUGUUGUGAAAAUUUUUUUAACUAUUAUUUUUAAGUUAGACCCUUUUUUUUUGUUUGGGCCCCGGUUCUGUCCCCGGUCUCAAUGCUCUAGAUCUUUUGCUGUGCAAAAGAAGACUCUACUUGUGGCUGUUCACCUGUACAUAGGGAAAUGUAUGCAAAUACAUUUUGUUAUUUUUAAGAACACCACCAUUCCGAUCUCCUCUGUUUGCACAUACGUGAAGAAAAUAAAGAUGACAGUAAUUUAAAAAAAA